AUGGCUAUGCAGCGUUUGUUUUUGGCUCUAGCACUCCUCUGGUUGAGAGUCUUUAGCGUCGCGACGUGCUCAAGUGUUAAGGGUGUACCGUUUCCUAGCCUGAUCGAUGUCACAAUCGAUGAGUUGGCAGAGGGCCUGGAGAACGGCCUGUUUACUAGCGUCGAUUUGGUCAACGCCUAUCUCGGCCGUAUCGCCCAGGUGAACAGCACGCUGAACGUCGUGACCGAAGUGAACCCCGACGCGCUCUCCAUCGCUGCAGACCUGGACGCUUCGCGAGCCAACGGCACCAUAAGAGGGCCACUCCACGGGAUUCCUAUCCUCAUCAAAAACAACAUCGCCACCGCCGACCGUAUGAACAACACGGCGGGAUCCUGGGCGCUUGUCGGCGCCAAAGUGCCCCGAGAUAGCUUCAUGGCCACGAAACUGCGCGAAGCGGGCGCCGUCAUCCUCGGCAAGACGAACCUCAGCCAGUGGGCCAAUUUUAGAAGCAACAACACAAGCAACGGCUGGUCGGCGUAUGGCGGUCAAGUGUACGCUGCUUACUAUCCCCAACAAGAUCCGAGUGGGAGUUCCAGCGGCAGCGGUGUGGCCUCUGAUCUGGGACUCGCCCUCGCGGCGUUGGGCACCGAGACGGACGGUUCGAUUCUAUCGCCUUCUCAGCGGAAUAACCUGGUCGGCAUCAAGCCGACCGUGGGCCUCACUUCCAGGCACCUCGUCAUCCCCAUCAGCGAGCACCAGGACACUAUCGGACCAAUGGCCCGGACCGUCAAGGACGCGGCGUACAUCUUGCACGCCAUCGCCGGUGCGGACCCUAGCGAUAACUACACCUCGGCGAUCCCCAACAACGGCGAGAUACCCGAUUACCCAGCGGCCUGCGAUAUGUACGCUCUCCGCGGGGCACGCAUCGGCAUCCCGCGCAACGCCAUCGAGAUCUUCUCCGACAACACGACCGGCACCGAGACGGACGCCUUCGAGAAAGCGCUCGACGUCUUCAGGUCAGCAGGCGCCGUAAUCGUAGACAACGCAAACUUCACCGCCGCCGAGCAGCUCGUGACCUCCAACUCGGAGACCGUCGUUCUCAACGCCGACUUUAUCUCGAAUCUGGCAUCCUACCUCGCCGAGCUGAGCUUCAACCCCAACAACUUGACCUCUCUGGCCGACGUCCGUAGAUUCACGCAGUCCUUGAAGCUCGAAGACUACCCUGAUCGCAACACGGGCGUGUGGGACGACGCUCUCGACGAGCAGGGGUUCAACAACACCGACCCGCGGUUCUGGGCCGCGUGGCAGGAGAGCACGUAUCUCGGCGGCGAGGGCGGUCUGUUGGGCACUUUGGAGAGGCACCAUCUCGAUGCCGUCGUCUUGCCGACCAGCUUCUCGAGUUCGUGGGCCGCUAUCAUCGGGGCCCCCGUGGUGACGGUCCCGCUGGGAUUCUAUCCGGCAAACGCCACGGUGAUCAAGAACAGGAGGGGUAACCUGGUAGAUACCGGCCCUCAUGUGCCGUUUGGCAUUAGCUUUCUCGGAGCAAAGUUUCAGGAGGCUCGGCUGAUUGGUUUGGCGUACGCAUACGAGCAGCGGACGUUGACGAGGUCAAAGGUCCAGCCGUACAUCGUCCCCAGCAUUGAGAUUGGAGACUUUACUGGGUUUUAG